AUGUCGCCGUCUCAAUUCAUACCCGCCCGCAGCUCCCGCCACCGCCUCGCCUGCAUCGCCCUCUACCGCGCCCUCAUCCGCGAGGCGCGCGCGAUCCCCGUCCCCGACGAAUUGCUGCGCAAGGGCACGCAGAACCCGAUCCCGCGGCUCGUGAGGAAGGCCUUUGUGCGCAACCGCACCGAGACGAGCUACCGGAUCGUCUUCUCGGCCCUGGGCACGGGAUACAACUUCCUCAACCUCUUCAAAGCGGCCCAGACCCCCGACUCGACGGAACACUCCCAGAUCAUAGCCCACCUGCGCGAGAAGAGCGCGCGCGACGCGAAAGCCGAAGCCGGGAAACCCCCGCCCCGCGUCCCGCCGCCCGAGAAGCCCAAGUGGCCGCCCCUCCUGCAAAAGGUCUCGAGGGAAGGCCAGCCGCCCGCGUACGUCUCGCCGCGCUACCCCGUCCCGCGGGAGAAGCUCACGGGCGCGCGGCGCGUGCCGCGCCUCGUCGUGACGGCCGAGGGGAUCGCCUUCCUGCGGCAGGGCAAGCCGCAGCAUCGCUCGGUGGUGCGGUACGUGCAGCGCGCGACGAAGGCGAGGCGGCAGGCGAUGGAGCUGAUGCUCACGUCCAAGCGCGAGGAGGCGCCGUGGGCCGCGCUCGAGGAUCGGUGGGACGAGAUCGUGGGCAAGGAGGUCCAGGCGGCGGAGGCGCGGAGGCGUGAAGUCGACGAGGACACACCGGAGCGGAGGCGGGAGAAGGGGAAAGGGCAGCGUCGCAGCAAGGCGCCGCAACGGCCGGCGGGGGCCGAGGAGACCUAUGCGGGGGCGGUCCAGGUGAGCUGGAAGUUGGCGACCAAGCGGGUUGACGACUUGAUGAAGCGGGAGACGGCGCGGGCCAGGGCGUUUGUGGCGAUCCGCGAGGCGGAGAAGCAGAUGCUCGAGGAGGAGGAGCGGGUGGACCUGGCGCGCGGCCACCGCUGGAUGGUGGACACGCCCGAGAAGAAGAUGCAGAGGCACAGGCGGGCCCGGAUGGAAAUCCGCACGGCCAAGAUCGAGCGCAAGGCGAAGAAGAGGGAGAGGGACAUGCGGGAUAGGGUGAGGGGCUUGCAGCCGGCGCCAGUCGGGGUGUGA